AUUUUAUAAAUAUAAUGUAGUUUUAUUUUACAGGUGGAUAGCAUUAGUGAAUAUGAUACAAUUUGUCAACAAUGUGUAGAAAUAAUUAUAAAUAGCUACAAAUUUAUUAAACAGUGCAGAAGUAAUAUGGAAAGAAUGCACAAUUUAGCUAAAUCUCUUCUGCAACAGACUCAAGAGCUCAGUGAACUUGAUUGUGAUUUUAAAACAGUAUUCAUAGCAGUGGACUCGUGUAAUUCUGAUGUUGAAUUAUAUUAUGAUAAAUACCAAAACUCAAAUGACCAAACUUUGUUACAAAAGAGAUUUCAAAAACUAUUGAAUGACUCUCUAAACCUAUACAUUGAUUUUGAGUUGGAGCCAAAGUGCAGCAGUAAAAGCGAAGAGUCAAAGACAACUAAGAAGAGGAAGUCCAUUCCACUUAGUGAUAUAGUACUCAAUAAAGAUGACCUAAAUAAUUUAAAAUGUAAGUUUUGCUUGAAAAUCUUCCCAACAGCUAUGAAGAUAAAACAACAUUAUGUAAGCCAACAUGGACCAAAAAAAUUUCAGUGUACAAAAUGUCCAAAAAGUUUUAGGACUGUAGGUUUCCAGAAAGCGCAUAUGAAGUUCAGUCACUGUGAUCUUUACUGCAGCUUUUGUGGCAAGAAUUUCGAUAAAUUUCGCAAUCUCAAAAAUCAUGAACAAAGUCAUGUGUCAUGCCUCUGUUGUAAAACCUGUGGUAAAACAUACAAAGUAAAGAAAUCAUACAUUCAUCACAUUGAAAACAAAAUGUGUAAAAAGUUGAGAAAGUCAAACGUUGAAUCCAUAUUUGAAUGUGAUUACUGUGGUAAAAAGUAUUCUCAGAAACAUAAUUUAGUUAUUCACAUUCGCUUUGCUCAUGAAAAUGGGAAAGCUUUUGCGUGUGGUAGUUGCAGUAAAACUUUUGCUUUUAAAAGCAAGCUAGAAGCUCAUAUUGUAAAACAUACAAAACAAAAGAAUCAUGACUGUACGGAAUGCGGAAAAAGGUUUGCGUCAAAGACUACACUGCUUGUUCACACAAGAACACACACUGGUGAGAAGCCAUACAAGUGUGAAUAUUGUGAAAUGUCAUUUUCGUCCUCAUCUCGUCGCUGGGACCAUGUGAAGGGAGAGCAUACAGAGAGAAACAUGGAAUGUGAUAUUUGUCAUGGAAGAUUUAAACGAAACAAGACCUUAAAUAGACAUAGAAAAUUGCAUUUUGAUAUUAGGAGCAGAUUGUAUCAAAACAAGCCAAGUAAAAUGAGUCUAAGCAUAGAGAAAAAAUGACUAGUGAAGAUGCAAUAAUGGAAAAUCUCCUAAGAAAAUAGUUCGUAAUACCAUAAAUCUAUCUCAGAGAUAUGGGAAUGCAAUUAAUAGCAAUAAAUAUUAAAAUAGUUUAUUCUAGUUCUUAAGUCACACUUGCUCAGAAAUACUAAUAACGUUUGUUAAAUAUUAAUAGUGUUGUUGUUAUAAAUGAUGUGUAUACCUGUAAUAGGCAUACAUACCAGUAAUGUAAUUUUACGUAUUUUUAUAACUUCUGUGUAUGUAUUGCUGUUGGUGUACCUAAUAAAUAAAUAAAUCUAUAGUUUUAGUCAUGAAGGCAUGAAGACUCAUAGGCUUAUGGCAUCUCUGCUCAUCUUAUCUUACGCUGUGUCUAACAUAAAACAAAAUGCGUUAAAAGUACCAAAUAAAUAAUACUCUUAAUGUACUUGUUUUUUUUAAAUAUGUAAUAAUAAGGAAUUAUUAAUCUUGGGAUUACAUCAAAAUAUUUAUUAACACAUGGAGUUAAUGUUCACCUGUACCAGCCAGGAUCAAAACCAGUAAGUUUUUUGUGAGUUAGCCAUUUGCCAAAAAAUUUUUUAAACAUACCACUUGCAUUGUCAAUCACAUCAGUUGCGCUGAGGUCGAAAUCUAAGAUGCUCUUCU